CAACUGCUUGCUUGAUUUUAGAGGGUUUUUUUGUUUGUUUUUCAUUACUAAACACCGUGAUGGACAUCAGUGAUGCUCUCGCAGACGGGAAUAAUAGAUGUAGCAAGUAAUCCACCCCGAAUGAGAACGCAAAACGCAAGAUGGACUCUUUACCUUGCUGAGUCUUUCUUCUCAGUCGGCUUUACUAAUUUUAGAAUUUUGCUCUCUUGUGUGUGCUGAUUUCACCAAAUGCAAUGGGCAAAUGCUGCAAGUGCAACAGGAGGCUGCUUUGCAUGUGCCUGCUGCCUUGCAUGAUGACUGGCCACCUUCUGAUUUAUAUCAUGGUUACCAUAUUGGUCACCAUCUCCUAUGCUCCCCCGAAAAUAACCGUCCACUAUAUUGCUCCUGGGAUUUCAGCAAAUUCUGGGGCCUUGGCUUCUCAUCCACUCAACCCCUUCUGGAAACUUCAUCUGGAACACAGCGCCCUGUGGAACCAGUUACAGCACUCCUUGGAUCGUCACUACAAUCCCAUUCUACGAGGAAACAUGACUACAACAUCAAGGAAGCCGAAAGCAAAACUCUCAACUCAAAUUAGGGAUGAAUGUCUUUCUGGUUGUGUGUCGCACAAGUGUUCAGAACAUCAUCGAUAUGAUGUCAACAAUAUACCAGAACAAAUGAGAGCAUUUGUCAGGUCAAUGCAUUGCAGGAGUUAUCAAAUCCUUAUUAAUCAACCCGCCAUGUGCAAAAGGAACAAGACAAAAUCUGGUUUUGACUAUCCAAUGCUCCUCAUGGCCAUCAAAUCUCAAGUGGGGAACUUUGAAAACAGACAAGCCAUCCGUGAAACAUGGGGGAGCAGUGGUUUUGUGAUGGGCGAGUUCAAUAAGAAAGGGGGAUUUGUGCGUACUGUGUUUCUGCUGGGGAGGCAGGACCCGAGUACAGGACCUCACCCAGACCUGAAAAACUUUCUGGACCUAGAGAACCAAAAAUACAGGGACAUCCUCCAGUGGGAUUUUAGGGACUCUUUCUUCAACCUGACCCUGAAGGACUUGCUGUUUUGGCAUUGGCUCCAGCAAUACUGCCCCACAGCUGUAUUCAUCUUUAAGGGGGAUGAUGAUGUCUUUGUCCGAACUGGUGCCCUACUGGAUUACUUAAACAAGCGGUGGGAGGAAAACAAACUUCAGCGGCGGGCCAAUACAAAUGAAACGCACAUGGAUUUGUUUGUGGGAGAUGUCAUCGAUAAUGCUAUGCCAAACCGGGAUCCAUCUACUAAAUACUACGUACCAGAAGGUUUCUACAAAGGUGCCUAUCCACCGUAUGCUGGAGGAGGAGGGGUGGUUUACUCUCGCUCACUUGCAUUACGACUAAAAGAGGUGUCCACAAGGGUUUUCCUUUUCCCAAUUGACGAUGUUUACCUGGGAAUGUGCCUGCAAAGACUCGGGCUCUCUCCAAGUCAUCACCCAGGUUUUUUAACAUUUGAUCUCCCAGAGACGGACAGGGAGAAUCCUUGCGUGUAUAAAUCUGUGCUGCUCGUUCACAGGCGGAGUCCCAAAGAGAUGCUGACAUUAUGGCACAAGUUGCAGAAUCUGCACAGUCAAUGUUGAUUAUUGAAUGUUCAUUAGGACCAAUGCAGCCAUGAUGACCUGAAAUGUGAACAUUGUGUGUAUUUUAAGUGGCAAUAUGCUAGAAAAUGUUUUGUAUGCAAACAGCACGGUUGUCCAAUGGUUUACACGCAUUGUGUACAACGACUCUCGCUGAACGUCAACUCGGAUAGAUUCAAGCCACCCGUGAUCCACAACAGGCUAAUCGUUUGGGUGGAUUGUCACCUAUCAUUUUUAACAAUUAUGGAACACUUAGAUGACAUUUGAUCCACCUAAAAAGGCCUUACAAGGACGAUACACAAAUAGGUGCAUCAGCAGUACUAAUACUUAGUUAUGAAAUACUUGCUGACUUUUUCCUGAUUCAUUACUUGCUUAUAAUUAAAUAUUACAUUUGGACCCGUUCGACAUCAGCUUUCACAGCUGUGUAAGCAAAAUACAUGUCACUAAGAGUUAUCUAUUUACAAUUUUUUGCGAUAAAUUAUUUGUUUAGAUAUUUUUGUGCUAUUUUAUAUUGUGUGUGUGUUUAAAUGACUUUGCUUUACUUGUGUUUGUUAAUAACACCUGAAAAGUUAUAAUUCAUCUGAAUGAUACUUGACGUUUCUUAUGCUUAUCCCUAUGUCCUCUCAGUGAGGUUGUCACUACAGGUGUGUGCUGGCUUUGUUCACUUCUGUGAUUCCAGGCCUGUACAUUCAAUAAA